AUGAAUACUGUGAACGGGAUGGAGUUUGACCUCUUGCGGUCUAUGCAGCUCUCCUCAUUAAAGGAUGACAAUCAGUUAACAAGGGAGGAAAAACAGACCUUAGCAGAGCAACGACAUCGGGAAAUUGAUGAGGCUCAAUACGUUGCCCAUCGUCUCCAAGAUAGAGUUGGUCGCAUUCGUGAGCAGUUCGCUAUUCGUGGCCGAGCAUCAAAGCCAAAUUCAUAUACGCGUGAUGCCGAUAAGAUGUAUGGACUCUUUUGGUUUGGAAAAGGAAAAUAUGAAGACGAUAUACUAGAUGCAAGAGAUGAUGAAGAUCAACAAGAAGAUCAAAGAGAGCUAAUCAAUGAUAUCUCUGAAGCCGAUGAUAUUCCUGAUGAAGAACGUUUUAAAGUGUGGCGUCCCAUUGUAGGUCCACCUAGGCCGAGAGGUUGCCCUAAUAGUGUUUCACCUGUACCGGCUAAUGAAGAUCAACAUUCUUAUUUUAAUAAUAGAGACCCUUUAUUAUAUGAAACUGCACCUAUCCCAAAGAAAAAGAAAACUGCUUUAACACCACCUUGGGCGGAACAUUACGAUGUGGAAAGAAAUGCUAACCCAAAUUAUGGAAAUCGUGCUGAGCAUAAUUAUGAAUUAUUUAAACGUGGAAUAUUACCCCGUGGUGAAAAUGGUAUUGAUGAUAUCCUACGGUAUGCACGGAGUGCCCAAGAUUUAGUACUUUCACUGCAAGACUUGCGAUUACGGGAGGAUCGUCGCCGGGAGCAAUGCAUGUUAAAAACGGCAUUGGACGAACAACUCCUUGAUAAGAGACGACGUCGAUUGGCACAAUAUGAAGAAGAACUUGUUCAUAUAUAUGGUCCAACGAUGCAACACAUUCUUACCGAUACUUUCCAAGAACCUCUGAGUGAGCAACUACCAAUGAUUGAGGUUGCUUCAUCCGACGACGAAGAAAAAAAAGAAGAAAGAGAACAUCUGCAGCGAGAAAAAGUUCCACAGCGACGUUUCAGAGAGAGGGAGGAAACUUCAGAGACACGUGCUAAACAGUCAAGACAAGCUUGGUUAGCCGCAUGGGAAGAUCAUAAGCGAAAUCUUGCUUCUACUUCUACUCCUACUCCUACUACGGAUGCUGUUUCUAGCAAGUGGAGUAGAUAUCACAUGCUGGGAGCGCCAUCAACCCCGUCAAUGAUGCAAAAUCGACCAUCUGCUUUAUCCCCUUCAGUCAACAGUCUUAAGAUGGAGCAACAUGUCCAUUAUAGACAACAACAAUAUCGUGAUGAACUAAAUAGGAAACGAGGUGAACAUAUUAUAGGACUUAACAAGAGCAAUUGA